AUUAAACAAAACACACAUUCACUAAAGACCUCCGUUCCACAUGAUUAUAAUAUUUUUAAUUUUAAUUUAACUUAAAUUUCCAUGAACUUUAGUUCCAGCGAUGCCUGCAAAUAUAUUAAGGGUAAAAAUUGUCGUUUUAGGAGAUCCUGGUGUUGGGAAAACAUCAGUUGUUCAAAUGUUUACAUCAGAUGGACGAGAAUUUCCUAAAAAUUACAAUAUGACAUUUGGAGUAGACUUGUAUCUUAAGAGGUACACAGUUCCUGAGAGCAAGAACAUAGUUGAAAUGUUGAUAUACGACUGUGCUGGUUUGGAUAUAUAUGUAGACUACCUGCAGCAGUGUUGGGACCGUGUGGAUGGAGCUGUGUUAGUCUAUGAUGUGACGGCCCCCGUCACACUACAGUCUGUGGGUGACUGGGCUAGCCUGGCGGGUCCAGCGGGGCAUACUCCACCAGCGGCGGUGCUCGCCAACAAGACAGACCUAAGUCACAGGAGGAUAGUGACUGCAGAGGCAGGACAGCUAGCUGCGGAAAAAUUGGGGCUGCGGCACUUCGAGGCAUCUGCAAAGGAGCACACUGGGGUGACUGAGGUGUUUGGAUGGUUAGCUCGGCAGUUACACACAGGAUGGUCCACUACAGGGGUGAGACCUAGCUACAACAGUCUGCACAAGUCUGUGCUGCGCUCUAGUCUGUCAAACUCUUCACUUAAAUAAACAUUGACUAUGUAAUUUUAUUUUUAAA